AUGAUUGCUGCUGCUGAUCUGUCCCUAAAACCAAGCGAAAGUUUAAAUACGCAUAACUGGACUGAUAGAAAUACUAACAAAAGUUACUUGGGUUUGACUGUACAUUAUCCAGAACCUUCUAGUAUAAAAUCCGUUGAACUAGAGUGCUUUCCGCUAAAUGAAAGUCAUACUUCUGAUUGUUUGUGUACUCAACUUGACAAUUUAUGCCAGGAAUGGAACAUCCUAAGAUCGUCUAUAAGUUCAGUUAUCACUGAUAACGCAGCAAAUAUAGUAAAAGCUAUUCAUGAUAUGUUUGGCAAGUCCCUUCACUUACCAUGUCUUGCGCCCACAAUACAGUUGAUUCCAGAACUUGCAAUGGAGAAGACGCAAAUGUUACAAGAAAUUGUAGACAGCGCAGCUCUUCUUAAGCUGCGUGAGGGUCCACCUAUGUUGCUUCCGGAAGAAAUAGAAACUCUAAAAGAAAUAAUGCAUCCUUUCAAACCGAUUGAAAAGGGCACUAGAGAAUUAUACGAUGACGAUUUUACUUAUAGUAAAUCGAUCCCAAUAGUUAUCUGUCUGAAUGCAGCUCUGGAGAAAAAGGAACCUAUUUCAUAA